AUGCAUGGAGGGUUGGCGUAUUCUGGUGGAAAUCAAGAACUAGAGCCAGAAGUCGAAGUCGAAGCUGGACCAUCAUGGAUCAUCCCAAAUCCCCAACAAGAGCAGGAGCAAGACUCGGAAGCACCUUUUGGGUACCUCGAUGUGGACGUUAAGGUGUAUUUCCGGACUGUGGAUGUGCAGAUGUGGCAGUGGCAGGAUAGGGAGGUGGAGGUGGAUGACGAGGAAAAACACAUGUUCUUCCUCGCUGCCCUCACAGAGAUGACGGGAAAAGAAAAACAACUCGUGACUGACCCAGAAUGUUCUGUGGUGUUGGAGAGGAUGGUGCAUUUGAUGGAUGAUUUUGCUAGGAGGGUGUUUUUGGAUAGUUUGAUGGGGUUGUAUGAAACACUAGCUUGCCAUUGGUUCACGUCGCAUGUCUGUCAGACCCUUCUCGAGGUUUCUGGGGAGACUGUUUCGAGGGAGACGAAAGGUAUACUAUCUGAAAUACCACAAGGUGACACAAAAAAGGGACAUCUCCCAACGAUGACUGAACUCAUACUGGACUUAUGUGAUGAACUCCUCCCUGUUCUCCUGCCGCUCCUCCAUGACCCGUUUGGCUCACACAUCGUCCGCACGCUCGCUCUCCUGCUCUCUCCUACACCAAAUACACAUACACAAUCCCAGACAUUGAAAUGCAGUAAAAGCUGGAAAGGCAAGCAAGGCGAGAUGCGAAGUCUCUUCAAGUCAGAAAAAAGGGAGGGGGAGAGGCCAAGGAGCUUCGACGAGGCGGCGAGGAAGAUUGUGGGUGCGUUCAGGGAGGGGAUGAGUGAUAAUGAGGUAAGGGCAUGUGCGGGGAGUAAGAUUGCAUGUCCUGGUCUUGAUGUUCUCAUUGAAGUUGAAGCCAAGCAUAUCAAACGCAUGAGUACUUACUAUCUCUGGGGACAUACUCAUAUAAUCAUUGUGAUUAUCAAUGCAACCUCGUCCCACCUACUCGAAACCAUCGUCACCCAAGCUCCUCAACCAGUAUUUGACAUUCUCUGGGGUACAUACCUCUGCUCAGAGAACAGUGGCAUCGAGCAGCUUGUGACGCAUGUGGUCUCCAAUUAUGUGCUGGCUCGAGCCAUGGGUAGGGCGAAUCCCAUGCAGCUCGGUGGUUUGGGGAUGGGGUGGUGGGGGAGGGCAGUGAAGAUGGGUAGGUUAGGUGUGGUUAAAGCUAUGGUCGAAGUUGGGGGAGGUGGGGAGGACAUUUGGGGUGCGUUGAAGGGUGCAUUUGGGUGUGAGGAGGUGGAUGAAGCAGAGGUGUUGAUUAGGGCUGUGAUGAGUCUGAAGACGGUUGAGGAUUACAAGUCCACGAGUAUACUUCCGGAGCCAAAUGUACAGGGAGCAUUGUUAUUGCAGUCCAUGCUGCAUCUCAAGGAUCCAUACAAUGCUGGGACCAUAGAGAGUAUCCUAUCUCUCCCCAUAACAUCACUCACCCCCCUCGCCCAGCACCCCAUCUCAUCCCGUGUCCUCGACGUAUUCCUCGACUCUCCCACAGUCCCACACAAAGUCAAGCGCUGGCUUGUCCUAGCUUUCUUGGGCCAUUUCCAUGAACUGGUGGAUGACAGGAUCGGGAGUCGGGUGGGGGAGAGGUGUUGGGGGUGGAGUGAUACGUAUAUGAAGGAAAAGAUAGCAUGGAGCAUGAUGGAUUAUGAGCAGAGUCUGGCUGCAUCAUUUUAUGGGAGGUUUUUUGUUAGAGCAUUGAAUUUAUAUGUGUUGAAGAAGAGGCCGGGAGAGUGGAGGGAUUUGGUUGGGAAUACGAGGAAGGAAAAGAAGGAGAUGGAGGAGGAGGUUGGGGUAGAGAAGGAGGAAGAGAAAGAACCUGCUGUGGAAGAGGUCAAGGUAGAAGAGCAGAUGAAGCAGAAAUGA